GGAACUAAAAAUUGCAUCGCCAUCACAGUCCAGUUUGUUUAACUUUAGACCAGAAAGUGCCAAACACGUGUAAAUUUAUACUAAAUAAGUUUUUCGAAGAUAAAAUAUGUCCUUUAACUUAUCGGAGCCCCUUGAGGCUAAGAGAUCUCAGAAAAGAACAGCAAAUGAUCUUGAAGAGGAAAAAGGUGCAAGCUUGGAAGAUGAAACACCAAGCUCUAGUAAGGAAACCAGCUUGCCGCCGAGGAAAAAACAUGCACCAUCAAGUUUGUCGGAGUUUAGUACAUGGAGUGAGUGUGAUGAAACAGAUUCAAGCUGUUUGAAGAGUCAACUUGCAAGUUCAAAGGAAGGAAACUUCUCAGCAAGUCAUUGGACCUAUAAAGAUCUUAUGGACCUAAAUAUCUAUUAUGAGGAUAUGCCAGAUCCCUUGGAAAAAUUUAUUAAAGAUGUAAAGGAUGCUUUUAGGAAUGAAAAAGGUUUUUGUCCUGAUCCCAGCAAAAUUACCAGCUUUCUCAAAAAACAACUUGAAAAAAGUUUAACAUUUACACAUGAAUUGAGAAAAAUUGAAAAAAUGGUGAAAAGCCAGCAUAAAGAGACACAGAUAGAAAAAGUAAAAAAAGAGAUUAAAGAAAACAUGGAAAUGACAUGGAAAAAAUGUGAUGUCAUUUUUGAUUUCAAGUCCUUGGAACCUGCUACAGAGGAAUUCGUAAAGGAGUCUGUUACAUUAUUUAAUGUGGCAGUAAGGGACUUUGCAGAGGAAACUCUUGAACUGUUGGGAAUGGGAAUAUUUCAAAAACCAAUGUAUGAUUCACAGGAGAAGAAGAGAGGGAAAAAUAGAGGUGGAAGAGCUAGAGGCGGACAAGGAGGGUCUCGUGGUGGACAUGACAAUGCAGAGUGUAGGCGUACCACUGAUAAUAUUUGUCAGCACUAUUGUAGAUCAUUUGGAAACAUAUUCUCUUUGAAAGAAGGUUUUUUACUUGAGAGGUCCUUCACUUUUAACAAGAAAACGAUGAGGAGUACAGCUGAUCUCAUCUAUCAUUUCCAUUCCGGAAAGAGUAUGGAAGAACUCUUGUUUAUAAUAGAGGUUAAAAAAGUGCCAUUAAAUCAAGAUACUACAGAUAUAGGACAGCUUGUAGGAAAAAACAUUAUGGGGCAAGUUGGAGGAGAGCUUGUUGGCCAAUCACAAUACUCUGUAUUUUAUCCACAUUCUCUUGGAAUCAUUUGCAUGGAAACAAAGUUAAUUUUUGUUCUCCUGAAAAUGUCAAAAGAGCAUUCAGAGGGCGUAUAUUCUGGAGACAAAGGAACAGCAGACGAUCCUGGGAAGAUUCAUUACACUGAGCCAUUUGACAUAUUAAGAGCAGAGGACAGGUCUAAAAUUGCAGAAUUUAUGUUUUGGUUAGGAUUCGUUCAAAAUACAAGAAAAUACAAGUAUUUUGAAUCAUGUCAAUAGAGUAGCUACAUUUGAUCCAUUGAUCAUGAUUGUUCAUAUGACUGGGAACAUUUAAAGAGAGUUAUGUGCAAGGGGUGAUCAAAAAGAUUCAAGAUUGAGUUCAAAAAAUACAAUAGAUACCUAUGCCUUUGCUCACUAUAAUUUUAGCAUAUAAAAUGUAUUAAAUGUUUUAGCAAAUUUUUAACACCUCUUACAAACAGGAAUCUUUUGAUUUGGUACCCCCUGUGAAAAUCCCAGCAGGGGGUAUUUGUCUAUUUUGGACAGUUCUUCUGUACUAUUGACAUUUACCAGGUUAAUUAUUGACAUGAGUUGCAAUGAUACCUAUACUAACACUUUGAAAUUCAUGGCUUUUAUGAAUCAGUCUCAAAGAUUAGGCAAGUAAGUUAUAUAUUGAAAAUGCAUUAUAUUCAUGGACUUCUAGCAGGAAUUAUAAUGUCAGACUUUUGAAAAAUGUGUCCCUUUGGUUCAGCAUUUAAGACUACAGAUUUGGUUAAGUUGGCAGUGAACAGUGUUGGCAGUGUUUGUUGUUGAGAUCUUUCCUUACUUUUAAUUUUGGUCAUAUAGCUCUUGUAAGAAAGAAAAAAUAUAUCAUUUUAAUAUGCAGAUUACUUCAUUAAUUGUUUUGAAUACAUGCAGUAAACAUGUAAAUGCCUUGUAUAGUGUAUUAUGUUUUGCAUAUUUUUUUUACUAGAAUACUUGGUUGGUAUUUACAUUGUAUAUUGUAAUGUGUUGUAUAUAUAUACCUCUAUAUAGACCAUGAUUUUCUGGUCAUUUAUUUGUAUAUCACAAGUCAGAUGGCAUGUAAGUAAAUUGAUUGGUGAAUUUAAAUAGAAUAUACUGCUCACAAUUUCUGUCAAUUUAUAUUCUGUGGAAGGUCAGUUAAUGAUGUGAUGAAAAUUCAAUAAAUUCAUAAAUGAUUAAUACAUGAUUAAUGCUCUUGUUUUUUUGGUCAUUUUGUAAAUACAUCACCCCCCCCCCCCCCAUAAAUUUGCAUUUGUGCUGAGUUUCAUAUAAUAUUAAUAUUAUGUGUUUACCAUGUUAAUAUUGAUAAAUGGUUUAAUAAAAAGGGAGAAAUUGUU